AUGUCUGCAAUCUCAGACGACAUUCUGGUGGACAUAUUUGCAAGAUUACCAGCAAGGUCUAUAUGCGCAUUGAGGUGUGUAUGCAAGUCUUGGUUAAAUAUAAUAACUCAUCCUAGUUUUGUUAAGAUCCAUCAUGAUUAUGCAAUUCACAAAAACAAAUCCAGUCUCCUGCUUAUAAAUAAUUUAGAUAAACGGAUUUACUCAGUAGUAGAUUACGAAGCAAGUCUACGUACAGCUGCAGCAUUCGUAGUAGAUUACCCUUUCAAAUCACCAGAUUAUGGAGUGCAGUUUUGGGCUACUUGUAAUGGUUUGCUCUGCAUGGCUACUGGUAAAGACAUUAUAUGCAUUUGGAAUCCAUCUACACAAGAAUAUAAGAAAAUUGAAUUAAUGAACACCUCCGUAAAUGAGGAAUACGCAUUGAGUGGCACUUUUCGGUAUGGGUUAGGCUAUGACUCUAACAUUGAUGAUUACAAGUUGGUUAGAAUUCUUGGUUAUUAUGAUAACGCAAUUACUCCUAGGUGGAUUUUGAAACUUAGGGAUCCAAUUUAUAGAGAUGAUGGGUGUGGAGUCGAGGUUUACACAUUAGGAACGAAUUCAUCGAAGUGUAUUCCAUCUUGCUUUCCUUAUGCAUUCUGUUGUCAGAGUUCAACUUCGGUUUUCUAUCGUGGGGGUCUUCAUUGGAUAGCUGAAAAGAAUUGGAAAGGAAGAAACUACAAACCUAAGAUUGUCUCUUUUGAUGUUAGCAACGAGACUUUUGAAGUUCCUCUACUGCAACAUUUGGAUCGUGAGCUAGAUCUUCCGGUAGAAGACAUAUCACUAAACCUGAGCGUGUGGAGAGGACAGCUUUGCUUACAUGUUCAUUAUGCUUGGAAACGUUCGGAGUUAUGGGUGAUGCAGGAUUACGGAGUGGUUGAGUCAUGGACAAAACUUGUCUCUAUUACUGAAGAAACAAUUGCUCAAUCAAAUAAGUUGAGGCCUAUUCAGUAUUUCAGUAAUGGUGAGAUUCUAUUCGAGAAGAACAACCUUACCUUAGUUUUAUAUGACCCAAAGCUUGAAAAACCGAGUUAUCCGGCAGCUGAGAAGUUAUUCAAGGCAGAGAGAUAUGUGACGAACUUAGUUUCACUUAAUACACGUACUUUUGUGGGUCAAGAACAGAAACAAAAGAAGAAAAGAAAAAGCAUAAUAAAGCAUCAUGGAGUAACAAGAUUUGGAGCAUCAUCAUCAGUAGAAGCAUCACCACCAGCAACACCACCACCAACACCAGCAUUGGCAACAACAACAAGUUCUUCUAAAGCAGCUGCUCAAAGUUGA